CUCUUCACAACUGUCCUCAAAGCAGCAGCAUUCUUUCUGGUAUGCACUGAUCCUCUUCUUCAGUGAUCGCUGCACUGAUGCGGCAGCUGCUGGCGACGUUCCCUGACAGCUGAUUUAGCUUCACCAGGCCUCCGUAGUCUUCGUUUUCGGCAGAGAAAGUACCCCUCAUUGGUAAUUUAGCUCCGGGGAAACGUAGUCUUCUGUGAGAUCAACCCAAGUGCUGUCACACAGAAAAGGACCUGACUGGCGCUCGACCAGAACAAGGAAGGUGUUGCAUUCUAGGAGGAUUAAGGCCGGAGGCUGCGAGCGAAACAGCUAGAUUGAGAUAAACUCUAGCUUGACAAUACCCGAUCCGAACAAUCGUUUCCGUUUGGCUGAAAUGGCUUCGUUUCGAGGACCGCUGCUGUUGCUAGCAGCUUGCUUGCUCCUGACUAUUCAAUGCUGCUGUGCAAGUCGCAACUACUACGAUAUUCUUCAGGUGCCGCGAUCGGCCAGCGAGGACCAGAUCAAGCGCGCGUACCGCAAGCUGGCGCUCAAGUUCCACCCGGACAAGAACCCGGGGGACGAGGAAGCAAAGAAGCGGUUCCAGGAGAUCGGCAACGCGUACGAGGUCCUUUCGGAUGGGGAGAAGCGGCGGAUCUACGACCAGCAUGGGGAGGAGGGCGUGAAGCAGCACAGCGCGCAGCAGGCCGGAGGUGGAGGGGGCUUUGGCCAAGACAUAUUCUCGCAGUUCUUUGGCGGGUUUGGGGGUUUCGGGCAGCAGCAGCAGGAGGAGGAGGAGACUCCAAAGGGUGAUGCAGUCGCAGUUGACCUGGAGGCGUCGUUGGAAGACCUUUACAAUGGCCGGUCGUUCCAGGUGUGGCGAGACAAGAACGUGGUGCGAGCUGCUCCUGGCAAGCGCAAGUGCAACUGCAAGGCGCGGAUGGUGACGCGGCAGAUCGCCCCGGGCAUGUUCCAGCAGUUCACUCAGGAGGAGUGCCAGGAGUGCCCCAACGUGAAGUACGUGCGGGAGGGCAUGCCCAUCGAUGUGGACAUUGAGAAGGGCAUGAAGGACGGGCAGGAGAUCACGUUCUAUGAGGAGGGAGAGCCGGUUAUGGAUGGCGAUCCUGGCGACCUCAAGCUCGUGAUCAAGACGCGCCCACACAAGCAAUUCGAGCGGAGAGGGGACGACCUGCACAUGAACCUCACCAUCUCCCUCGUGGAUGCUCUCGUGGGCUUUAAGCACUCAAUCACCCACCUCGACAACCAUCUUGUGGAAAUCGGCACCUCGGGUGUUACUCGUCCAGGGGAGGUGCGCAGGAUAGCGGGCGAGGGCAUGCCGAUCUACGACACCGCUAACAAGGGGGAUCUUUACGUGCAGUUUACUGUAGACUUCCCCAAGUCCCUCACGGAGGACCAGAAGGAGGUGGUGCGGAAAACGUUUGGGGGCUCAAGCGGCAUGCCUAAGGGAAGCGGCAGGUUGCACGAGGAGUUGUGAUGGUCCACAAGAAGGGGGCCCUUCAUAGGUGAUAUUUACUGUAGAAUUCCCCAAGUAUUCCCCAGAGGACCAGAAGGAGAUUGCUCGGAAAACGUUUGGGGGCUCAGGCAUGUCAAAUGGCGAUACCGGUAGCAGAUCGCAUGCGGAGUAGUGAGGAAGAUGGUCGCUAGGAGUGCAAUUUAUUGUGGGCUUCCCCAAGUCUCAGACAGGACCAGACGAGGUUGUGCGCUUCAACUCAAGGGGUGCAUGUGGCACAGCAGCAGAUUGCAGGAGCUGUGGAGCUGUCGGUGGGCUGUUGGCCUGUCAUUCAUCAUUAUGCCAAUUUUGGUACAUUGCACGCAUACCCAUUUCGUGUCACGCCGUUUGCCACAUCACAUGAAAGAAAUAGGUAAUGAAUUGUGUUUGCAUGCUGAAUGAUUAGCUAACGUUUGUCAUUCUCGGACUAGUUAAAUGAGACC